AUACUAUUAAUUGCUAUCCUCUAACCCUUCCAAACUCAAACUUUCCAAAUUCUAACUUGUACCUUAACUAUUCCUCGAUUCCGCAUGGCCCCACGUUUAUCAAAAGCAAGCUGCAAGCAAGACACCAGAACCAUGACCCAUUGAGCAAUUAUCAUCCAAAAUCACACCAAGCCCUUCAAGAACAACGACUAAAUUUCGAGACUUCCUGCUAUUUGUUCCAUCCAAAUAGUCUACCAUCGAACAAUUCAGAAUAUCAGAAUAAACUUUCUUGGCUUCAAACAUAUACACAUAUCUAUACUGGAAAGAGACAACAUCUCUGCGGGAAAUUCCCAUCCAAUACCAGCGCCAUUCAUCUAAAUUCAGAACCGACCCCUGAGUCUACGGAGCAUUAAUCGAAGGUUCUAUCAAUCACAAAAAUACCCAGCCCUGUGUGUACGACGAGUAUGAGAAGGGAAUUCAAGGAACCCCAUACUAAUUGACAUAUCCUUCACCGUCUCACCCAAAUCAUCUCACUCGUAUUAACGCCAAUUCCAUCCACUUCUGCGAACAACCCUUUUACAAUCUUUUCGCUACUUCAAUCUUCGAAAAUCUUAUCACUUCCUUACUUACAUCUUCCUCUUACUAGAAAUAACCAAUUCGAAUUCUCACAAACUUAAACCCUACUUACAUACGAAUAUCAUCUGUCACAUUGAACUAUCAAUCUCCAGGCCUUCCGAAUAAUCUCCGCCAUUAUUGCACAUUGUAUUGCUCAAAAGCUUCCAGAACAUCAUUGAAACGAGGAAUAACUAAAAGGAGAAGAGAGAAAGUACCUCGCGACCAUAACCCACAGUCCGACAUUUCCCAAAACCUCUGAAAUAGAAUACUCGACUUCGAGUCCAAUUCCUCUCGUUAUUGUCAUGCAACGGUCCAUGCGCAACAAUUAUCGAUACGAUUCGCGACGGAAUUUAAGAAUUUCCCAUUCCCAUGGAAAUAUAUGCAAUCGAAUAUCCAACCACAUCUUCCAUUGAAUUGAACACUCGAAAACACAAAAGCUGCGAAACGAAAUAGACCCUCGCUCGUCCCCUCCACGGAGGUAGACGGGCGUGGUACUCAAUUGCUCCGGUGGUCCCUCGAUUUCUAAUAUAUAUAUAUAUCAUUCAUUAUGACCAUAUAUUCCAGUCCACCACCAGCUCGAAGCUUCUACGACGAUAAACCCACACUUCUUGUUUGUUGGUGGUGUACGUUAUUCUCGGCCGUCAUUAUAUUGUUCAGAGUUUGCGGACGAUAUAUUAGGACGGAGAAACUUUUUAAAGAGGAUUGGUUAGCUUUUGCUUGUUUGAUCCCAUUGUUUUGUCGCAUGGGCCUUGUUCAUGUUAUUUUGUUAUUCGGUACCAACAAUGCGGUGAUUGUGGAUUUUGAUGAGAGAUCGCUGCAUAGAAGAGUGAUUGGGAGUAGAUUGGUUUUGGUAUCGAGAGUUUUUUAUGCGGCGACACUCUGGAUGCUUAAACUUACAAUUAGUGAAUUCUUCAAAAGGCUCACAAUCAACAUCUGGACAAGGUCACACGAAAGAACUUUAAUCUUCAUCCGAUGGUUCCUCCUUGUCACAUUUAUCGCAGUAAUAAUAGCAGACAUCUCUGAAUGUCAACCCAUCAAUCAUUAUUGGCAAGUCACCCCAGAUCCAGGAGCAAAAUGUCGUCAAGGAUAUGCACAACUCCUGACUAUGGGGACCGUCAAUGUAUUGACUGAUCUUCUCCUCGUUUUAUUUCCCGUUCCUAUCAUUAUUGGUUCCAAAAUGAGGAUCAAGAGGAAAAUUCAAUUGGUGUUAUUGUUUGCAGGUUCUUUGAUUCCGGCAGGAAUCACACUUUACAGAAUACCGCAAAUUAUCGAUAGACAUGGCAUUCAACAAUAUCGAUCAUUAUUAGCAUCAGUUGAGAUUCUCUUCGCAACAGCUGUUGCCAAUGCGCUAAUCCUAGGAUCUUUCGUCCGAGACCGAGGUGUUAAGAAACACAAAUUUAAAUUUGGUUCCUUAACUGACACACUCGAUCGGACUACUUCUCGCCGUGGAACCGUAGCUCGGCAAUGGGGAAGCGAUGAAGAUCUCGUCCGAGAUCUAGGCCUAGGAGUAGAUCCCGAACUCAGAGGGGAAGUUCAUUCACCUCCUCGUCCCGCCCCAAUGGCUGUAGCUGGGAACAUGCCGGUAAGAAGUCAUCGAUUUGGAUCAAAUAGUUCGAAUGAUUGGCGUUUUCCAAGUGACACGAGUGAGGAAAUCGAUUUUGUUAAACCAGCCCCUUCGAGACAUGUCUCUGAAGAUUUAACAUCAAUGAUGUCACCACGCCGCGUAUCAUUUUUCGACGUCGGAGGAUUGCUCGAUCAAGAAUCUCCGAGAAGAAUUAGUUCGACGAGAACGAUGGAUUCGGAAUACACUGGUGAAUCCAGUACAGCAGGCGAAGGUCCAGUAUCCACUACUUGGUCUUACGAAAAUGGAUUAAGUCCUGCUCCAGCACGACGCGGUUCUGCAGCCCUUCUGCAAGAUAUAGGAGGUUUAUUGGGACCCCGAACGAGACUCCAAAGAGCGAGUAUGGGAUAUGAGCUGGAAACAAUUUUGCAGGAGAGAAAUAACGGGCCUACUAGUCAUCCGUCGCUCACUCAUGCACACUCGAUGCCCCCGCCUAUCGAUCAUUUAGGGAGACAGCAGACUAAUCUGAGUUUGCAAGAUGUUGGGGGGCUUUUGGAGAAGUAAUCAUGGGUUCAAACACCUACCCACACAUUUAUAUACAUACUUGUCACGGAGGACAUCCGCAUGUCUUCCAUAUCAUAUUAUAUUUACUGUACCACUACCAUGUUUUCUCUUUCAGCCUUUCUCCUUUUCAAGAUUUAUACUUGAACACUAUUUUCUAUAUUUCUUUUUACUUUGUUUUACUUUGUCUUUUACCUUUACUUUAAACUUUCCUUUGUUUGGUACACAUAGCGAACAUUAUGAGAUUAUGAAAAUUGGGCGGCACAUUAGGAUCUGGAUCCGAUUUGAAUCUGGAUAUGGAGUGGAUUAGUGAUUUAAUCCGCAGGUUUGGAUUGAAUAUAAGGCGUUAUGGAGUAUAACUUAUACCACAGCUGGUUGUGUUGUCAUGUUUUUGGUUUAUAAUCCUGCGUGGGGAGGUCUUUUGUUGCUGCGGAUGGAUUGGAAAUGAAAGAUGGAGAUGGCGAUAUGGAUUCGGAAACGAGGGAGCUGUUUUGAAUUAACGAUUCGCGGAUGUGGACGGGUUGAGUGAGAGAAUAUCAUAUAUAUGCAUACCAGCGUCUUAUUCGGGUGAACAUCUUUUGGUUUUCAUCUUCGAGAGAUAAGAUGACACGUCGUAUUAUUAUAUCAUCGAACCACACAUGAUAGGGCGGUAUGCGAGCUGAAGAGUGAAGAGAAUAGUUGAAUAAUAAUAAUGACUUCAAAUCCAACCAUCUUUGGGGAGG